UUCUUUUUGAUGUAUUUUAAGUUCACUUGUCAUUUAAGCAUGGAUAAAACUUUCAAUGCUAGGCUUUCUCUCUCUGAUCCAUUUUAGAAUCACUUCUCAAGCAUGGAUAAACUUUUCAAUGCUAUGCUCCUUCUGCUUACCUUGUUCACUGAAAUCGCACUGCUCUGUUCAUGCCAAAAUGCAAGCUUCAGUUGCCUACAGGGCGAAAGGCAAGCUCUCCUAAAACUGAAAGAGAGUUUCUCAGACUCUUCCCAUUGCCUAUCUUCUUGGAAAGGCAAAAACUGUUGCAUGUGGAAAGGAGUAAGCUGCGAUGAAAACAAUGGGCAUGUUGUCAAGCUUAACCUCAGAGCAGGGUCAACGUCAUGGUUUGUUAACGGAAGUUCCUUACGGGCCCCUGAGGUAAAUUCUUAUAUUACUGAGUUGAGAUAUUUGAAAUACCUGGACUUGAGUGGAAAUGACUUCCAAGAUAGCGCCAUCCCGCAAUUCUUCGGUUUGAUGAAACAGCUGAGGUACCUUAACAUCUCCGACGCCGGCUUCAGGGGAAGUGUUCCUCGGAAUCUUGGAAACCUUACUAGUUUACGUGUUCUUGAUCUUAGUACAGAACAUCGAGGAUCGACAUUGGGGUUAGAUCAUGUUCAAUGGAUUUCUCAUCUGGCAUCCUUGCAGCAACUUGGUAUGGCAGGUAUACAUCUUGGUGAGGCACGAAACCUAUUUCAGGUACUCAACAUGCUUCCUUCCUUGCAGUCAUUACAUUUGUCGCAUUGCGGGAUUCAUAAUUUUCAUUUCUCUCGGCUUCCAAUUAAUUCUACAUUUCAUGGUAGCCUUCAGCGUCUAGAUCUUAGAGAUAACGAUUUGGGAGGUCCAGUUCCUAUUGCGCUCCAAAACAUGACUUCUUUGAGAGUCCUUGAUCUUAGCUAUAACCGUUUUAAUUCUUCAAUUCCAAACUGGUUUGGAAAUUUUAAGAACCUUAUUCAUCUCAAUCUUGCAGGGAAUGAUUUUAGUAGCACUAAAAAAGGGUUGGCAUUGAUCUUAGGAAAUAUGUGCUACUUAAAGUCAUUAGAUUUGUCAUUCAAUCAAUUUCAGGAUGAGAUAAUAGGAAUAUAUGGAAAUGUGUCUGGAUGUGUUGGACAUGAUUUAGAGACGUUAAAUUUAGAUAAUAGUAUGAUCAGUGGCCAUAUACCAGAACGGUUGGGGAUGCUAAAACACCUAAAACACCUUCAUCUUUCUGGCAAUCAAUUGAAUGGGACAAUCCCAGAAAGUCUUGGGCAACUUUCCAGCCUCAAGACUUUAGAUCUUUCUGGCAAUCAAUUGAACGGGGUCAUCUCAGAAAGUCUUGGGCAACUUUGCAACCUCGACACUUUAGAUCUUUCUUACAAUUCAUUGGAAGGUGCCAUUUCCGAAGUCCACUUUGCUACGCUCUCAAAGUUGAAAGUGUUGUCCAUUAGCUCCAACAGUUUGACUAUCAAGAUAAAAUCCAACUGGGUCCCUCCUUUUCAACUGGAAUACAUUGAAAUGGGGUCCUGCAAAUUCGGAACACAAUUUCCUCAAUGGCUUCGAACACAAUUGAAAGCAACUACACUAGUUCUUUCCAACAAUAGCAUCUCGGGUAUCCUGCCAAAAUGGAUCAAGGAGUUGAAUCUUUCUCUACUGGACCUCUCUCACAACCAGAUUACUGGAUCCAUUCCGAAAUUGUCUUCCAACUUAAUGACCAUCGAUCUCUCCAAUAACUUGAUCUCCGGGACCCUUACCGAAAUGAUUGGCGAUAAUAAUGUUUUGCCUAAGUUGCAUAUUCUUGUUCUUUCUGAUAACAGAGUAAACGGCUCAAUUCCGAACUCAUUUUGCCACAUAGAAACCCUAGAAGUUCUACAACUCUCAAAAAAUAAGUUAUCUGCGAAUAUUCCUGACUGCUGGAGAGAUUAUCAAUCCUUACAAGUUUUAGAUCUAUCAUCUAACAAUCUCUCAGGGGCUAUCCCCAGCUCAAUUGGGCAUCUUAACUCACUGCAAUGGUUGCACUUGAGCAACAAUAAUCUCAGCGGGGAGCCACCAUUGGCCUUAAAAAACUGCAGAGAUCUUGUAGUUUUGGAUCUAGGUGAGAAUGCGUUAUCUGGACAUGUACCUAAAUGGAUUGGGGAUGGCUUAUGGCAGCUAAGCGUUCUCAGACUACGAAAAAAUAAAUUCAGCGGAACCAUCCCUCCUCUACUCUGCCAAAUAUCUACUCUACAAAUCCUGGAUCUUGCAGAGAACAAUCUGAAGGGGAGGAUACCUUAUUGCUUCGGCGAUUUCAUUGGUAUGGUCAAGACAGAUGUCGGUGAUUUAUGGGGCUAUGCCGUUUCUAUUUCGGCACAGUGGGACAAUGAGCACUUAACAGAGGUCAUCAAAGGAAGAUCCUUGGAAUACACAAAAACUUUACGGUUUUUGGUUAGUAUGGACCUGUCAAGCAAUAAACUGGAGGGAUCAAUCCCAGGAGAGCUUACACUCCUCACAGGAUUAAUUGGUCUGAAUUUGUCUCAUAAUCAGUUUUCAGGAAAGUUCCCUAAUAAGAUAGGGGAACUUGAGUCGUUGGAAUCACUCGACUUGUCUUUCAAUGAACUUUCUGGCAUGAUUCCUGGUAGUGUGUCAUCUCUAACAAAACUUAGUUACCUCAACUUGUCAUACAACAACUUCUCAGGAAAAAUUCCAGAAGGCAAUCAACUCCAAACUCUUGACGAUCCAUUCAUUUAUGCUGGGAACCCUCUGCUCUGUGGCCCUCCACUAAAGAAAUGCUGGGAUGAUGAGCAUCAUCAAGGCAAAAAAGGCAAUGCCAAACACAACCCUGCUGAGAAGAUGUGGUUUUACAUUGUCAUAAUGUCUGGCUAUGCAACUGGGUUCUGGGGUGUUGUUGCGGCCUUGAUAUUCAAGAAAAGUUGGCGACAUGCUUAUUUCUUGUUCGUGGACAAGUGCAAAGAUUGGGUACUUGUGCUUGUAGCAUUAAAGAUGGCAAGUGUCAAAAACUUGAUCAAGGGAAACCGCACAGAUGAGUGAAAAGAGCAAUAAUUAUCAGGUAUUAAUAUCUAUGAAAAUAAUUGCAUUUAUGUUGCAAGAAUUUCAGUUUGCAAUUAGAAUCUAGUAGUAUUAAUGCUUUUGGUAUCGUAACUUUGUUCCAUAUUGUGUGAUAUAUAUGGUCGAUUUCAAUAUGAA